UCCACAUAUCAUGGCUUGUGCUUUUACCUCAUGAUUCACCUUUCAGUGACGGUGUGCAAGCUAUCAUUUUCACCCGAGCUUCAUAUAAUUUACUCCAAUUAUGGUCGAGAGAGGGCGCCACUGAUGGAUCUGAGAUACACCGCCAAGCUAAGGACAGGCAUCAGAAUGGAGGAGGACUCGAGCCUGUUUAUGCAGUGGGCGAUGGACACGCUGCGGCACGAGCGGCCGGUGGCCGGCGCCAUCAGCAACGACUGCAGCGAGGCGACCUUCCCCUCGCUCCAAGCGCUCCGGGAGGCCUCGCACGCGGCCGAAAUGGUCCAGGAGCUCAUCUCGGCAGCGCCGGCGAACAGCUGGAGCUCCGGCGACGACACCACCGACGGCAGCAGCGGAGGCAACAACUCGGCCGGCGCGGCCAUGGAUCACGACGCCUGGCCGCCGACGCCCAACUCCGCCAGGCGCGCACCGAGCAGAAGCGGCAGCGGCACCAACCUUCCGGUGAGCUGGAACUUCGGCGCCGCCGCCUCGGCGCUGCCAGGCAGCGACGGCAUGCUGGCGGCGGCGGAGGCCGCCCCCACGCGCCGCCCGCCGGACAUAGUGUGCCGGUCGCCACCGACGAGGAGAGCAGGUGCAAAGGGCGCGGGAUCCAUGUCGACGCCGUACGCUCAGGACCACAUCAUCGCGGAGCGGAAGCGGCGGGAGAAGAUCAACCAACGCUUCAUCGAGCUCUCCACCGUCAUCCCCAGCCUCAAGAAGAUGGACAAGGCGACGAUCCUUUCUGACGCGACCAAGUACGUCAAGGAGCUCCAAGAAAAGCUCAGAGGCCUGGAGGCUGACGGCAGCAGCAACGGCAGGAGCAUCGUCAAGACCGUGGUGCUCGUCAAGAGGCCAUGCCUCCAUGCUGCGGCCAAGCCGGACGAAGAUGGCUCCCCGUUGUCAGCGUCAUCAGCCGCGCCUGCGGUGAGGAAACAGCUGCCGGAGAUAGAGGCCCGGUUCUCGGAUAAGAGCGUGAUGGUGAGGAUCAACUGCGAGGACGGCAAGGGGGUGGCCGUGAAGCUGCUCACCGAGGUCGAGGAGCUCCGCCUCAGUAUCACCCACGCCAAUGUCAUGCCGUUCCCGGCGGGCACUCUGAUCAUAACCAUCACAGCAAAGGUGGAGGAGGGGUUCACCGUAACUGCGGAGGAGAUUGUUGGCAGACUCAACUCUGCAUUACUGCACCAGCAUAAUAGCAGCUGCAACAGCACUGAUGAUGAAACAGGAAACUAGUUAAAGGCUUGGGUCUGCAUAUACAAAAAAAAAAAUAUCUACGGCUGUGGGAAUAGUAAACUCCGAUGGCAUAUAUAAUGCAAUUGAGUGUUCCUUUUCUUUUUCUUUUUUGCAACAAUUUACGGGUUGAGCUUUUUUUUUUAACCUUUGGCGCGACGUCCCUUCACGUAGCGUGCAUGCAACAAAUCAUGCACAUUGUGUAAGUGGUGAUGACGACCAUGAGCAUGCACACUAGUGGAUGUUCGAGACGAUAAUUUCUGCACCACAUGUUUGCAACUUGGUGCCAGGUAUGCAUCAACAUCCAUGCAGAUGGGAGGUGUUAUUGUCCCAAAAAAAUCCUCAAGAAAGAUCAAAUCAGAUGGUUGCCUCCAGUGAAAUAAAGCAUGCAAUGCAUGCAUGUACCAGCAAGUGGUCUGCAAGUAAGUUGUCAAGUUGAUUUGAACCAAGCUUAGCUCUUGUACAAAUAUUAUGUAGCCAUGUGCUAAUACCACUGUUCAUGAUUCUAGCUGUCUCCAUUGAUCUA